CGCAGGGUCAAAACAGGCGCUUUCGUGCUGCUGCUGCUGCUUCUUGUCCGUCUCCUUCUCCUCCUCUCGUUCCACUUUGCCUUCUUCCCCCAUCAUGUUUGGGAUGCUGAAAGAUCACCCCCAGCCGGGAUUUUUCUUCUUCUUCGUGUGCUUCUGCCACCUCAUGGAACAUCAGAAAGUUCAAGCUGGUAACUGCUGGUUGCAGCAGGGCAAGAACGGCCGCUGCCAGGUGCUCUACAUGCCCGGGAUGAGCAGGGAGGAGUGCUGCAGGAGCGGCAGACUGGGCACGUCUUGGACCGAGGAGGACGUCCCCAACAGCACGCUGUUCAGGUGGAUGAUCUUCAACGGCGGAGCCCCCAAUUGCAUACCUUGCAAAGGUGGAGAGUCGUGUGAUAAUGUGGACUGCGGGCCGGGCAAGAGGUGCAAGAUGAACAGGAGGAGUAAGCCGCGCUGCGUGUGCGCGCCAGACUGCUCCAACGUCACGUGGAAGGGACCCGUGUGCGGCUCGGACGGGAAGACCUACAAGGACGAGUGCGCGCUGCUCAAGGCCAAAUGCAAAGCCCACCCGGACCUGGACGUGCAGUACCAGGGCAAAUGCAAAAAAACGUGCCGCGACGUGCUGUGCCCCGGCAGCUCCACCUGCGUGGUGGACCAGACCAACAACGCCUACUGCGUGACGUGUAAUCAGAUUUGCCCCGAAGUGACGUCCCCCGAACAGUACCUGUGCGGCAACGACGGCAUCGUGUACGCCAGCGCCUGCCACCUGAGGCGGGCCACCUGCCUGCUGGGCCGCUCCAUCGGGGUGGCCUACGAGGGCAAAUGCAUCAAGGCCAAGUCAUGCGAGGACAUCCAGUGCGGCGGCGGCAAGAAGUGCCUGUGGGACGCCCGCAUGAGCCGAGGACGCUGCUCGCUGUGCGACGGCGCGUGUCCGGACAGCCGGACGGACGAGGCGGUGUGCGCCAGUGACAACACCACCUACCCCAGCGAAUGCGCCAUGAAGCAAGCCGCCUGCUCCGAGGGGGUGCUGCUGGAGGUCAAGCACUCGGGAUCUUGCAACUACGCACCGACAAGCACAGCUUUCGCAAGAAGAACGGACUUGGAAUGGAACGGACUUGCAUGAUGUUGUCAUUUUUUUUUUUUUUUAAUUCCCCCAUGUAAUUCCUCUGCAAAACAUUGUAACAGAGAGACUGUAAUUCAAUACGAGUGACGUGGCAGUUUGCAGUGGAACAAUCAUGAUAUGUAAAUAUAAAAUAUGUGAUGAGUGCCGGAGUAUAUUUUGCCUUAAAUCUCAUUCAGCCGAGCAACUAAUGGAGCGAUUCCGUCGCACGCGCCGAACUAAGGAUGGCCAUUUGGACUACACUUCACAUUAUAAUCAAUUGACCUGUUUUGAUCAUCUCUUUCUCUCGCUGAAUGUUCUUAACUCCUGUUUCCAUGCUAGUGUCGUACUGAGCAGAAUAAUACUGACAAGAGUGAACACCAUCUAUACAUCCAUCCAUUUUCUAUUGCGCUUGUCCUUCACGAGGGUUGCGUCCAAGAUGAAGCCUAUCCCACCUGACUUUGGGGCGAGAGGCGAGGUAUACCUCAGACGUGUCGCCAGCCAAUCAUAGGGCACAUAUAGAAAAACUACCAUUCAUAUAGUGCAUUUGACAUCGUCUCAGUUUAAUUAGUUUAAUAAAAGUUGCGUCACAAAUUCUCUCAACAAUCAUUGAACCGAUUAAUCGAUUAUUAUGCCCAUCCGUUGUUGUAAAUUCCAUCAAUGACCUUACUGGUGCGUUUACAGUAUGUGCGUGUCUGUGUUUUUUAAUUUUUUUAGAAAUGUUUUAUUUUGCUUGGCUGUAAAUCAAUCAAUUCCAUAGUCUCUUGUAAAUACGCUCCCAGGCCUUUUCGCUAUAUUCACGUGAUGGUGAUUGUAACAUUGGUGCCGCGAUAGGUCAAGAUGAACGGUGAAUUUGAACUUUGAUAAUGGGGUGUAGACUACCUAUCUAUCUGUAGAGCAGACAGCAUUUGUCGGGGGUGGGGGUGUGGUGGUAGGGUGGUGGGGGGAGUGGGGGGUGCUAUUGAGCAAGAGCCCUAAAGGAAGUAUUGCAUUUACAUUCCAUGUUGCUCCACUCAAAAGAAUGUCUCGUUGUUAGGUUCUCGUACUAUGACACCAGAGGGACCAACUUUACGAUCACCUCAUGGGCUGAAUAUUUCUCAAUGUGAUAUCCGACAGCUCGCAUAGGAAGCUCACCCACGUCCUCCUUUGAUUGUUAAAAAAAAAAAUUAAAAAAAAUAAAAAUAAAAAAAAAUGAUUUAAAAAAAAAAAAAACAUCUUUAUUGGUACAUGUCACAAUGUUUGGAUUGACGAGGGACUGCCUGUUUUUUUUUUUUUUUUUAAAUACUGUCACCCUUGCUUUGCUUAGAUUUUAUUUUAUUUUAUUAUUUUUUUUUUUUGUACUGUGUCCAAAAUGUAAAAAAUGUAAAACGAAAAGGAAAUACCUCAGAGUUGUGUUGAUGAUCUUUGAGCUGCUUGCCGAGGCCCGGGCUGUGACACCUCCUCCACUAACUAACUAACUAACUAACUAACUAACUAACUAACUAACUAACUAACUAACAACAACAACAACAACGAGCACCAUACAGAGCAGAAAAGCAGCGUUUCUUUCACAAAUCCACCCCAAUCCACUGGACCCCGGACUCCCUGAACCUGUCCCUAUCACAAACACCUCCCAUCGAUCCAUCAUCCCCCCUUUCCCCCCUCCCCCGUCCACCUUUUGUAGACCCCCUGCUCCGCUAGAUAAUGUAAAAGUUGCUUAAUAGCGGCAAAAACAAGUACGAGGAAAGCUGUGUGUGCCAGUGUGAUAUUUGUUGUGGUCGGUAUUCAUACAACAGCUAUAUUCCCCUCAUAUAGCCAUCAGAGAAGAGCAGGAAGAGGAUGAGGAUGAUGAAGACUACAAGUCCUAUGACCAUUUAUCUUCUAUGCUGGAUGGAUAGC